GCCUAAGCUACCAACCAACAUGAAUCGCUCUACAUAACAUGCUCAUGCAAAGGGUAACUUUUUAAACACACCUUCUAGUUUCUUUCGUUUUAUGAAUGCAGAGCACGCAACGCGUUCAUAUAGGCAAAGAUAUGAUCUUGAUAUCGUAUCAGUUUUUAGUUGUUCAUAUUCAUGUUAAAUGAAUUAUCAUUAGAAUUUCAUCCGUUGCCUUGCAAAGUAAGUCAACGUGCAAUACGCGCGUGAGUGAAAUAUUUUAAAACAAACUAAUUGUGCUAUCAGUGUUAUCAGCAAGUGAAAGUGGGCCAGCCUAAGAAAAAAAUAAAACGGCGCAGAAGUUUUACAACGCGGGUUCGCAGUUGAAGAAAGAAAAAUGGUUUUCGAAAUGUAUUGGAGGCAUUUUUCAAUUGGUUUCGUUAUAUACCUCGCAGUGAGAAUCGGUCACGCCUUUUACAAAAAAUUCAAAACAAGCACUGUGGAUAAAACAGUUACCGAAACGAAAUCAGUUGCACCGGAGUUCGAUUCAGAAGACAGCGGCGAAGAACUAGUGCCGGCACUACCCCGCGACUUGCAGUAUGUUCCUUUGAAAUUCAACGAAAUUCCUGUCGAAGAAUCUUUGAGGAAAUCGCGACAUUUUUACGAACUGAUGAACGCAAGACGCACGGUACGCCAUUUCAGCACACGAGACGUCCCGAAAGAAGUAAUAUAUAAUUUGAUCAAAACUGCAGGUACGGCUCCAAGCGGGGCUCAUACGGAACCGUGGACGUUUGCAUUGGUGAGCUCUGCAGAAACAAAGAAGAAAAUUCGCGAAAUAAUUGAGGAGGAAGAGGAAAUAAAUUAUAGAAAGCGUAUGGGAAACGAAUGGACCACCGACAUAAAGCCCCUAAGGACGAAUUGGAUCAAGGAAUACUUGACAGAUGCGCCCCAUCUGAUAUUGGUUUUUAAGCAGACGCACAGUCAGAAGCCGAACGGAACAAAAAAGUUGCACUACUACAACGAACAGAGCGUGGUUUUGGCAGCAGGAUUUCUUUUGGCAGCGAUUCAGAAUGCCGGCUUGGUUUCAUUAACGUCGACGCCUUUAAACUGCGGACCGGCCUUAAGAGCAUUGCUGAAUCGCCCCACUUCUGAGAAGCUGAGCCUGCUACUGCCAGUUGGUUAUCCUGCCAAGGACUGUAAAGUGCCGGAUCUGGAGAGGAAAUCGCUGGAUAAUAUUAUGUUAGAAUAUUAAAUUUGUUGUAAAUUCGCUGCUUACUAUUGGGAUAAUCCAUAUGGAAUUGUGGUAUUUUGGUAUUGUUAUCGAUGGCAAAGUAAAUGAAUCAGUUAUGAGCGCUGCUGAAACCUUGUGUAGAAAUCAUAUACUUAUUUUUUCACAGUUGCACCUAUUGAAGCAUACUCCUCCAAGAAUUCCAUGGUAAAUUAGUUAUUCUAAGCUAAUCUUUGAGUAUAUCAUUCUUCCUACAUCUGCACAUUAUUAGCGAAGCUGACCUUGCGCUUAUGAUAUUUGAGGCCGCUUCGAAUGAGUCAACCCCGGUAGUCACAGUUUCCUCUCAAAUAGCACAAACGUGCUGAAAAAUGUCAUAUCUCUAUAACAACUUUUAAUAUAACUUUUGUAUUUAAAUAUAACUGGUAACCUUUAAUACGGCCCUUAUAAACACGGAAAAGGCGCAAGUUUAUAAAACAAUUGUAUCCAAUAAAUGAUCGCCUAUAAUAAUUAUCUUACAAUAUUUACCAUAACAGUUUUUUAAUAGCAAGUGAGGUCCCGGAUGAUCCUAAAUAACAUUUUUGUUUUCUGUGACAAUGCUAUAAAAUUAUUCAAUCAUCAAUCAUUUCAAAAGGUCAUUAGAGGUAAAACUAGAGUUGUGGAAUUCACCGGUCAAUUGACCAAAAUAAUUUUAAAAAUACCAUUAAAUUUAAAUGUAUUUGUUUAUCGUUAUUCAUAUUGUGAGUUACGUCGCUGUCGCGUUGUUCUGGGAACUAAAUGGAGUUGAUAUUUUUAUUGAGAUUCCCUGAAUCCCUAUGUAUCGUAUUCAGAUAUUUUUUGGAUGUAAAUUGGACAUCACAAACACAUAAUAAGUUAUUAUAAAAUACAUAUUAUUAGUAAAUAGAUCAAAUUCUACAAUUGCAAGAUAUUAUUUAAAAUUUUUUUUGAUUAGUCAAUUAAGAAGUGGUCAAUUCUCGGUCAAUUG